AUCUUCUCUUCAUAUCUCUCUCUCUCUCUCUCUCUCUCUCUCUCUCUAUCAUGGCUCUCCUUGCAAUCCUCCUCUCAUUUCUCUCCCUCCUCACUCUCUCUUUCCAAACACCCACACUCCAAAACCAAUCCCAUUUCUUCACUCUCAUCAAAACCUCCCUCUCUGGUCCUUCCUUAUCCCACUGGAACUCAAUCUCCCACACCCAAACUCGUUACUGUGGUUACACUGGCAUCACCUGCGAUGGAAGCAGCAACGUUGUUGAAAUCGACAUCUCAGCAUGGCGGCUAGUAGGCCGCCUCCCUUCCAACAUCUUCUCAUACCUUCCCAAUCUCCGCAUUCUCCGUCUAGGCUACAACAACUUCCACGGUCCGCUCCCGCCCAGCCUACUCAACUGCUCUCUACUUGAAGAGCUCAACAUGACCACUUCCAAUCUCAUCGGAACUCUCCCCGAUUUCUCGCCGUUGAAGUAUCUUCGACUCCUUGAUCUGUCAUACAAUCUCUUCCACGGAGAAUUCCCGUUGUCCAUAACUAACCUCAGUCGCCUAGAGGUGCUGAAUUUAAACGAGAACGUCGGGCUUUCGCUAUGGCAGCUCCCGGCUGAGAUUGAUCACCUGACCAAGCUGACGCAGUUGAUACUAUCCACCUCCUCGCUGAACGGCCCGAUUCCAGCUUCGAUCGGAAACAUGACCUCUCUCAUUGAUCUUGAACUGUGUGGGAAUUCUCUCACAGGUCAGAUUCCAGUGGAAAUAGGGAAGCUGAAGAGCUUGCAAUUUCUGGAGCUUUACUACAACCGUCUCUCUGGAGAAAUCCCCAUUGAGCUUGGAAAUCUGACACAGCUGAAGGAUGUUGAUAUUUCCGUCAAUCGGUUAACUGGUACUAUACCGGAGAAUCUUUGUACACUUCCGAGACUCGGAACAUUGCAGAUGUACAACAACAGUCUCACCGGAGGAAUUCCGCCAGUGAUCGGUAAUUCCACUUCGUUGUAUCUGCUAUCGCUGUAUGAGAAUUCACUAACUGGCAUAGUUCCACCCAAUCUUGGGAAAUUCUCAGAUUUUAUUGGGUUGGAUUUAUCAGAAAACCGUCUCUCGGGUGGAUUGCCACCUGAGAUUUGCAAGGGUGGGAAAUUGCAGUAUCUUCUUCUAUUGGACAAUCAGUUCUCUGGUGGGCUGCCAGAGAAUUACACAAAUUGCAAUUCUGUGGUUCGGUUUCGAGUUAGUUCUAACCGUUUGGACGGUCCAAUUCCAGAUGGGAUUUUGGGGCUACCACAUGCUUCGAUUAUCGAUCUGGGCUACAAUCGUUUCGUGGGACCGGUUCCAAAAUCGAUCGCAAAUGCUACGAACUUAUCGGAGCUUUAUAUACAGAGUAAUUGGCUUACGGGUUCUUUACCACCUGAAAUCUCGUGGGCUAGCAAUCUGGUGAAAGUUGAUCUCAGUAACAAUCUUUUGUCGGGUCCAAUUCCAUCUGAAAUUGGCAAUUUAAGGAAGCUGAAUCUAUUACUGUUGCAAGGUAAUGGACUAGUUUCUUCCAUUCCAGAAUCUCUUUCUUCAUUGAAAUCUCUCAAUGUUCUCAAUCUCUCAAACAAUCUCCUUACUGGGAAAAUCCCUGAAAGCAUCUGUAACUUGCUUCCAAGUUCGCUUGAUUUCUCAAACAAUCAGCUUUCGGGUCCCGUCCCAAUUCAGCUGAUUAAAGAAGGAUUAGCAGAAAGCAUCUCGGGCAAUCCAGGACUCUGCACCCUCGUUGAUUUGAACUCUUCACUCCCAUCUCUCCCCCCAUGUCGACUGCCCAAUACCCAGAAAAAGCAUAACAGCAUUUGGGCGGUCGCUGUUUCAGCUGCAGUCGUGAUUCUUGGGUUUCUCUUAUUCUUAAAACGCUGGUUUGGUAGGGAGAGAGUGGGGAUGGAGCAGAAACUGUCCUCUGCUUCGCCGUCCUUCUUCUAUGAUGUCCAAAGCUUCCACAAGCUGAGCUUCAACCAGCAUGAGAUUAUUGAGGCCUUGGAUGAGAACAACGUGGUGGGCCAUGGUGGAUCAGGGACCGUCUACAAGAUUGAAUUGAGCAAUCGGCAAGCCGUUGCUGUGAAGAAGCUGUGGACUAGAAAGACAAAGGACCAGUCACCAGAUCACCUGUCCGUAGACAGGGAGCUGAAGGCAGAGGUCGAGACGCUGGGGAAUAUCCGUCACAGGAACAUUGUCAAGCUCUAUUGUUGCUUCUCGAAUUCAGACUCGAAUCUGUUGGUUUAUGAGUACAUGCCAAAUGGAAAUCUAUGGGAUGCGCUUCAUCAAGCGAAGGGAUUUCUCGAUUGGCCCACUCGGCAUAGGAUCGCGCUUGGGAUUGCACAAGGCCUAGCUUACCUACACCACGAUCUGUUGCCGCCGAUCAUUCAUCGGGAUAUCAAGUCGACCAACAUACUCCUCGAUGAGGAUUUUCAUCCCAAAGUUGCAGAUUUCGGAGUUGCUAAGGUCUUACAAGGAAGAGGAAGAAUGGAUUCUACAACCACUGUCAUCGCUGGGACAUACGGCUACUUGGCACCUGAAUAUGCAUAUUCAUCCAAGGCGACAACCAAAUGCGAUGUCUACAGCUACGGAGUCGUGCUAAUGGAGCUAAUAACCGGGAAAAAACCCAUCGAGGCAGAAUUCGGCGAGAACAAGAACAUCAUUUUCUGGAUAUCUAAGAAGGUUCUGACCAAAGAAGGGGCAAUGGAAGUCUUAGACAAGCGAUUAUCGGCCCUGUUCAAGGAUGAGAUGAUCCAAGUGCUCCGGAUUGCAAACCGUUGCACUUGCAGCACGCCCGCUCACCGCCCAACAAUGAAGGAAGUAGUCCAGCUACUGAUCGAGGCGGACCCCAGCAGGUUCGACGCGUUCAAAUCGUGGGACAUGGUCCAAGAAUCAUCACCCACCAUUAAGGCCAAGAACCCAUCUGAUCUUUGAUCAGAUGAUGAGGUUUUUGUGGGGUUUUAGGAUAAGUAACAUAUAAACAGUAUGUUUCUACACUAAGUACUGGGAAAUUCUGUUAAACAGCUCCUCUAGCAUAUGAAUAUAUCAAUCUAGACUGUCCAGACUGUGGGAACCAAUGUGGCCUGGAAAAUGCACUAAUAGGGCGAUCUAAACCGUAAAAUCAAUUGUAUUAUCGGUCUGAUUUACUCACUAUGAUCAGAGAAUGGGGCCCAUGGUUCGGACGAUCUGGAUUGACAUAAACGUUGAAAAGUAUCUAGCUCUUUUUUGAAAAGUAGUUGAAAGAUGCUAGCUCUCCAUUCGAUCCUUUUCUUUUCCAUUAUUUUUUAGAACUCUGCUCUGAAUAUAUGUAGCUGCUUUGGACUCACGCACAGCAUAUGUACUACUUUCUUUUGGG